AUGAGGAAUGCCUAUAAGGCAUAUAGGCACAAACUUCAUCUAGCCUACAAAAAUGCUGGGGGUGAUGGGUUCGCUGAAUCAGAUGGCCACCUGGAGGCUUUCACUAGUAUCGAAUACGAGUUGCUGCAAGCAGGACAACCUUGUGAUCCAGUUACUUUCUUCCGACGAACCCAUGAUCCUGAAAAGAAAAUCAAUGCCAAAUGCAAAGACGUGAGUGAAAAAAUGAAGGCCAUGAAGGAAGCUGCAGAUCGAGGAGAAACUAAUGACACUCCAGAAGAGACAUUUAACAAAGUUCGUAAUCCUGGAUGUUCUGGUAAACGGCGUCGCAAGGCUCAUCCAACUAACUACAGUUUAUACCAGAAGAAAGAAGAAGAAAUGGCUGAAUUGAAAGUAAGAAUGGCAUCCUUGGAACAGGAAAACAAAAGGCUUAAGAAAGAGACAGGUCUGAAUGCGACAAAGAAGUGGUUGAAUGAAUAUCUUGUUAAAGUUGGCAUGCCGGCUAUGGAAUUAUCAUCUGAAGAUGAUGCGGAAGAUGAUGAUGAAGAUGCUGAUAUGCACAGGAGUCAAAUUCAUGAACAUCGAGAUGCCUUUGAAGGUAGUGAUAUGGAAGCUGAAGAGGAGGCUGUAGAGGCCUUUGGAGAAGAUCAAGAAGAAGGUGACGAGGAGAAUCCAGACAGGGAACUCGAAGAGGAUGAUGAAUAA